CAGAAGCAGGGACUAGGGGAACGAAAGGUGUAAAUAGAAAGCGAAAGCUCUUGGUCUCUCUCUCUCUCUAUUCCUCUCAUCUAUUUUACUAAAUGAAUGAAUGAAUUAUUAACUAGGACAUAAAUACAAGGAAUCACGCCUCCGCCGGGACCAGCAGACAGCUCCAUGUCUUUGAUAUUCGUUUUAGCCCAAUGAUACAUAUGUAUACUUAUCCAUGUACAUAUUUGCCUUGGUAGGACUAGAAGUAGGACCAGCAAGGCUUUUUUGAAUAACAUUUUUGACCAAUACUUCGGAAGCUUCUUACACAAGGCCACCAAGAUUGCGCUGCUGCUGCCGCCGCUGUUACCACAACUCAUUGCCGGUCCGAAGAUGGCAACUUUAACGAACGGACAGGUGGAUGGCACAAACGGGCUGGUGAACGGAUUAAGCCACAGUCCAGCGGGCUGCGGGGGCACCAUCCCUAUGAAGGACCACGACGCUAUCAAACUGUUCAUCGGGCAGAUACCACGCAACCUGGACGAGAAGGACCUCCGACCGCUCUUUGAGGAGUUCGGCAAGAUCUACGAGCUCACCGUGCUCAAGGACCGCUUUACGGGCAUGCACAAAGGCUGUGCCUUCCUUACCUACUGUGCCAGAGAGUCGGCCCUGAAAGCUCAGAAUGCUCUUCAUGAGCAGAAGACCCUGCCAGGGAUGAACAGGCCUAUCCAGGUGAAGCCUGCGGACAGCGAGAGUCGAGGAGAAGACAGAAAACUAUUUGUGGGAAUGCUCAACAAGCAGCAGUCCGAAGAUGAUGUGCGACGUCUCUUUGAGUCGUUUGGCAGCAUUGAAGAGUGCACCAUCCUUAGAGGUCCUGAUGGAAACAGCAAAGGUUGUGCGUUCGUAAAGUAUUCCUCUCACGCUGAAGCUCAGGCAGCUAUCAGUGCGCUACACGGCAGCCAGACAAUGCCUGUGAGUUCAGUAUUCAAUAUGGGUGCGUCCUCAAGUCUGGUGGUGAAGUUUGCCGACACGGAUAAGGAGCGCACCAUCCGGCGCAUGCAGCAGAUGGCUGGUCAGAUGGGCAUCUUCAACCCCAUGGCCCUGCAGUUUGGGGCCUACGGGGCCUACGCACAGGUGCAGCAGCAGCAGGCAGCGUUGAUGGCAUCAGUAGGGCAGGGGGGCUACCUCAGCCCUAUGGCAGCCUUCGCCGCCGCACAGAUGCAGCACAUGGCCACCAUCAACGGACUCCCCGGAGGGCACAUGACCCCCACCUCAGGUGGCAGUACCCCCCCUGGUAUCAGCGGCCCCACGGUGACCAGUAUCCCCUCGCCCAUCAGUGUGAAUGGUUUCAAUGGAAUGCCACCCCCUCAGGCUAACGGGCAGCCCCCUGCCGAAGCUGUGUACACCAACGGGAUACACCCCUAUCCUGUGUUGCAGGAGGUGGUUUUUAGAGAGGACUCUGAAAAAAACAGCUUGGCUCAUCGGAGUUGUUUUGGGGUUCAGGGUGGCUGCUUCCUCUCUUCUCUCUCUGAAGCUCAGAGUCCCACUGCAGCAGACCACUUACAGCAGGCUUACACAGGAGUCCAGCAGUAUGCAGGUCUGUCAGUUUCACAUGCCUACCCUGCUGCAUAUGGCCAGAUCAGCCAGGCCUUUCCCCAGCCUCCUCCCAUCAUCCCACAACAACAGAGAGAAGGGCCGGAGGGCUGUAACCUGUUCAUCUACCACCUCCCUCAGGAGUUUGGGGAUGGCGAGCUGAUGCAGAUGUUCCUGCCUUUCGGUAAUGUCAUCUCCUCCAAAGUGUUUGUGGAUCGGGCGACAAACCAAAGUAAAUGCUUUGGGUUUGUGAGCUUCGAUAACCCAGGUAGUGCCCAUGCUGCCAUCCAGUCAAUGAACGGCUUUCAGAUCGGCAUGAAGAGACUCAAGGUGCAGCUCAAGAGGCCGAAGGACGCCAACCGCCCCUACUAGCCCCUCCCCCUAUCAGCCACCCCUGCCCUGAGGGAUAUGGCAGUCACUGCACACAGGGCAACACAGGUUUUUAUUGAGCUGGAACACAUGUUGAUUAACUGAACAACGUCAUUGAACUGAAAGACCACAGGAAUUAUUUGAGGCUGGUAUGAAACUGGAUCAUAUACUGGGCUGAACAUGAACAAAUUAAAUGACCAAGUAAUGGACACCUCUGUUGGAUGUACCUUUUGGACCUCAGAGAGAACUCAUGCAAGCCUGGGUAGCUCCAGGACGCUUACUCUCUUUAUCGCCUCCCCUCCUCUCUUUCUCUCUCCCUAAACCUGCCUGAAUGACAGCUACCUUACAGGACCACAAGGGAAGUAUUAUAAAAGAAGAAGAAGAAAAAAAGAAGAAAGAAAACAAAAACACAGAACAGAGAUGGAGGAAGUAUGGAUGCCAAGAGCUCCAAGAACUAAACAAACUUUUAAAAAAUACUUUAUGGGGGAAUGCCAUAGGAGAUAUCUAUGUAAUGUUGUUGGGUAUGGGGAAAUAACUUUUUAAAGAACACUUUUACAGGACUAGGAGGAGAGAACUUUGUAGGGAAUGCGAUAUUUCAUGACCCAAACUCACUUUGAUUCGGGAUGGCCAUCUUUAGCUUGGAGUGCCUGUCGGUUUCCAGGGGAUACCGUUGCCAAGGAGAGCCAUAGCAACGGUCUCCAGGGAGUCUUACCUGUCAUUCCUUAGUUGUUUUAGGGACCAAAAGACCAAACAUUUUUAUUGCUGAGGACUUGUAGCUCUAUUAAUAUACUCGGACCACUGCAUCUCUUUUAAUCUUUGUUAAUCGAUUAAAGAGUUGCAUUUAAAAGAUGUGUACAUUUAGAAUAUAUAUACAAUAUAUGUAUAUAUACAUAUAUAUUGCUGUUAUGCUUUUUGAAUACAGGCAACACUAUUUCAGAUGACCAAUGGGGUCGCUCACUUCGCUAGUUUACAAUUAACUAUUCAAAAUGUUUAUUUUUUUCCCCUCUUCUCAUUUUCUCUUGGGGGAUGGGAUGGAGUGUGCAUGGGAAGGGUUGUUCCAUACUACAGCCUUACCUUUUCUAACUUGACAUCCUAACCUCAUAGUUAAAAGAACAUCAAAAAUGUUUGAAAUACAUGAACUUGUUUAUAUUUGCAGUACAUAUAUAUGUAUAUGUAUAACACGCAUUCAAGCUAAUGUAUUCAUAUAUAUACAUAUAUACAGUAUAUAUGGAUAAAUAGAUAUUAAUCAAACCAAUAUAUGUAUUUACAGUAUAUGCACAUAUUUUAUGUGUGUCUGUAUAUAGAACAGCUAUCGACUAUGAUGAGCUGUCAUUUUUUUGUAGAUUUUAGCUGGAGUUUGAAAAACUGCUCUGCUUGGGAAGAGGUGCAAAUCUGGCAGCUCCCAGAACUGCAGGCAUUCCUCUCUCUAAUAAACUAUAUAUGCUGAUACACACAUAUUCCUGAAUAUAUGUGUGAAGAUUCACAUACACUGUAUGUACGUGUACAUACCAUUUAAAAAAUGCAAAAAAAAGCCACUUCUCAGUAGCAGGCUUAAAGAGAAUCAGGCUAAAUUAAUUUUAGAGGUAGGACAAAGAUCUUUGACUUGAUUCCAAACAUAACUUUUCAGCUUCAAAGUACACUCUACACAAACUUAACACGUAAAAACAACAUUCUCUUUGACAUUUGAACCAAAAUGGAUGAAUACCGUGACCUUUUCUCUCUCUUAAUUGCAUUCAGUAAGUAAGUGCAUGUAGCGUAUGGGCUGUCAACACAAGGUGUGCCUUGUCACCUGCAGAAUCUGCCAUCAAGCACUGUGCUUUCAAAACAUUACUGCAAGCAGCCAACGCGCUACGAUGAUGUCAAAACUGCAGUCGCAUUCCAUCAUGUCGUUUCACAUCUCCAUAGAGCUUUAGCAGUAAAGCAUGUCAAAGCUAACGAAUCGUUCAGAUGAUUCACCGUGGUCCUCUCACACAUGGAAAUUAGCAUCAAGUACUCUGACAGUCACAGACUCAUUGUGAUGUGUAUUUGUCAUUACAUUUUAAAUCAAAGUGGGUAUUAUAUAUUCUGCUAAUACAGGUACGAACUAAAGGGAGCACUUGGAAAUGCUGUGCAAGUAUAAGAACCCUUGAGGCUUGCUUGGUUCCACUGGGUUUGGUCUGACAUUGCGUAUUGUAUGGUUAUAACUUAUAGGUGAAAUUUCAUGUUAACACAUUGCAGACCUAGGAAGUGGUUUGUCUACUAAACACAAAGGAACCAGGAAGUGUUUUGUAAUGUAUACAGCCAGCGCCAAUUCAGCUAUUGUUGUAUGGAGCUCUCUCUAACUGUUCCUCACCAGACCAUUCCCCUAGUGCCUGCGUCCAACCUUUACUAACAGACAGGGAUGUAAUGUUAAAUAAAAGGUGGGUAAACACUGAACGCCGGUCGAGAGCGCCAGGCUGUUCCCAACGGCAAUGCUAACAGUGCUAAUUUAGCGAACUAGGUGCAUAACUGCUAUGCUAUAGAAAUAGAAUGACUAGAACAUACAUCCCCAUUCAAGUCAAUGUUGGCAUAAUGGGUGGACUGGCGGCUAUGGCGAGUAUACCCAUAGGUGCAAAGCCAGGUUGAAGAUGACAAACGUUAACCUCUAUGGGAUUCUAAAAAACCAUAACUCUUUGCAACAAUGGGACCAGCUAUACCAGUUAGCAAUGGCACUGGUAGUUAGCAACGGCGCUGGUCCCAGAUGUGACAUCGUGGUCUUAACCUGUAUAUUUUAGACGUAGGAGCAAAGCCGGAAGUAAAAUAUGUGCUAAAAUAUGUGUGAUUUGUUGAUUUAACUCAACUGAAAUACAUUCCAUUGCAUGAGCCACAUCAGUUAACAUCAUUUGAAUUAACAUUCUACAUUACUAUGGAAAUGAUUGCAUCCCAAUACCAGCCAGCCAUUGUGAAUGUACCCAUGAGUUUACCAGUCAAAUUGCUAGGGUUAGAGGUUCCGAGACCGUUCUAUUCAAUCUAUUUCUAUGUGCUAUGCAUCAUAUCAAAACUGUGUUUACCUGGAUUUAGCCUCAAUUGCAUCCCUGCUACAAGGUCUGUGUCUCACCCAGUCUACCGCAAUGCAAACAGGCCUAAAGAUGUCAUUAGCACUCCUUUACACCCCCUUCUUUCUCUGAGUUUGCCAAGGAAAGUUCUGAAAUGACUCUCCCCAUUAUUUAUCAAAGGUCCACCCUAUCUUGAGAUCGGUUUCUUGUUGCACAAAUUUCCCAUUGACAUCAACCAAUUUAUGAUUUAGUUGAAAUGCAAAGUUAUGCGUAAGUUCGGAUUCGGCUUCUAAGUCACGUCAAUGUGUCUCCCCAAACCAGUUAAAUGUAAUGUAAAAAUCUAGAUUUCUGCCUAAAUAGACAUAUCCAAAAGUAAUUCUUUAUCAAGAGAGGGCCAUGAACAAUACAUAGUAAUGCUUAUUCUUUUACCCUUUCCGGGUAAAAGUAGUUUUAAAUUGCUGAGGUGUUGUCACUCUUGAGGACACAAGCUCAAGUACAGAGUACAAAUAUGAUAGAAAUAUUUUUUUUUAAAUCAUACAGAAUAUGUGUCCUAUUCAAUAAAAGUGGUAGAAUAGGGCAUGCCAUACUUUCUAAAUAUGGUAGCAAUCAAAUAAUAAACAACUUAAUAUAAUAAUUCACCUGUCUUGUAGCUGAUCAUACUUAGUGACUACAAAACUGGCACCAUUUCAAAUAACUGACAACAAUUUUCUGCCCAGUGUCCUCUGAACGACUCAGAGACUCCAUUGAAAUGCCUGUUAACUCGUUACAACUUCAGCUUUAAGCACAAAGACGCACAACGUGCUGUGACCCAAGACGAAGUGGUCUUGUUUCAAUUCUACAAAAUAAUUUUGUAUUUGUUCAUGUAGAGAGCUCUUAAAUCUGAGAAUACCACAGCGAGAUGAUUAUGCUUUUGCAGUAAAUCGCGAGGCUCCCCUUUUUCAUAUACCAUAUUGUAAGUGGAGCUGAGAGUUUCACAGCCAGAGGAAAUCGACCCUUUGUUUGGAUAGGCCAGAAAAUGUGACGUGCCACUCCCUAUGCAAAUCAGGUGUCAGAUUUUACAUACUGCAUCUCAAUGAGAGCAGAGAGCAGUAUGUGAAGCGGGACAACCAGAGCUUUCACGGAGUGCACAGCAUUUGAUGUUGCGCCAUCCACAAGGCUCUCUGUAUACAAAAAUGGCGGUUGGAACUGGUUCAGAAUUGCUCAAAGUCCCCUUAACUUCUCCGAAUGCCACCUUUCACUCAGCUCACGCUCUCAGUCACACUUUCCCAAUGAAAUUCAUCCCUCACUCUCCAUUUUGUUCUGUGUUUAGGUUUAUUUCCCUUCUUGCGCCCCUCACUCUGCCUACUUUAACCCGCAUUCCAAGGCCUGAGAGUACUGGAUUGGUGUCAGCAAUAUGGUGGAAACUCCCUUAGCCUUUCAAAUAGGCUAUAGAGCUAUUAGUGCAUUUCUUACACCUUUCCCAAUGCUUUCCAAUUGAGUGAAUGAAGGCAGAGGGAGAGGAAUGACUGGAAUUGAGCAUCUAUUUCACAUGCUAUAACUUUCAGCUGCAACUGUUUACAUAUAAAUUGAGAAAAAAAAACAUAGUAGUUCAAAAACAAUGAGAAACAGAGCAGAAGUUUGAAUAUAAAUAUAUAUAAAUAUAUACAUAAACCAAUGAAUAUACUGUAAAUGUUUUUGUUGCUCUGUUUUCCUCUGUACAUAGGUUUGCAUAUUUUAUAGGACUUUUACUUCUAUCUACAAGGACUGAAUAAAACGAAACUUUAAUUACUUCAAAAAGAUGAACGGAAACAUAUAAUAAUCAAUGAAACCAGGUUUAAAAAAAAUAAAAAUAAAAUAAAAAAAGAGUCCAUAGGAAUAUGGUACAACUGUAUGACCUGACCUAGGCAUUUAACCAGAAAACAGUCAGGGAGAGCAUUGAACUCAAUUAGAGCAUAGACAUGCAUUGGCCUUUUUAUACAAGUGUUUUGGGUUUCUUUCAUUUAUUUAUUUAUGUAUUUAUUUAUUUAUUCUGUUUACAAAUGAUAUGCAUGAUUUCAUGGCAUUAUUUUUCUAUGAGUUGGUAUGUGACCAAAUAGUUUUUUAUAUUCAUGUAUAGGCCUACAUUGUGGUACAUUGACCACUUAUUGUCUACAGGAUCACAACUUGCAACAGUUCUUUGAGAAAUGGAGAUUAUGCUCAUAUUUGCCAAGUUUGUUUUGUUACGUUUUCUCAGAGGUUUAUCUGUUGUUCUUUUUUCCAUUUGUGAUUGUUUUAUUCAAUAUCAGAGCUCUACUGUUCUUUUAAAGCGUUAUGCUGCUGUUUUCUGAACUGUUUUACAUUUCACUUCCCCGCUCUUAAUAUUUAAAUGCACCUCAACUGUUCAAUCGAUCUAGAUGAUUAAAGCUACAAAGUGCAUUCAAAUUGCAGUAUUUUUUGUGAACUUCUACAUACAAGUUCCAAAUUCAGCUAAAUGUGGCAGCGUAUAGGUUACAAAGACAUGGUAAUUUCAUGUUUCAAAAUUAAAAUACAAAUGAAACCUUUCCAGAAUAAAAUAAAAACCUUGUUAGCUGUGAUUGUGUUCAACAAUUUGAAUGCACCUUCGCUGUUUUGUCAUUCUGUUUCAUAACUGCUCGGUUGUUGACCAUCUAAGCUCUUGGAAACAUGGGAUAAACAUUAGGUUAAUAUUUACCACUUCUCCUUAGGACAAGGUUGCUAAGAUAUGUCUAUCCAUGAGAGGAAUUCCCUCUCUUGCUAAACAUUGCUGCUAAUGUAGGACUUGAAACCAUAAUUAGCUGAUUAGUGAUAAUUACUGCUUAGAAAUCCCACAUACAAUGUGUCCCUUAUUCUGAAGUGUUAAGAGUUCUGUAUUAAUCAGAGAAAUGUUGUUUAUUUUGUCUCAAUUAUCAUAUCUGUUUUUUGUAACAUCCUAUAGAGCUCUGAUGUUGUACAAGUGUUCAGUUCUAUCAAGGGUAAAAUACCUAUCAAAAACUGCACUAUUUCAUCAAAUAUUCAGUUACUCAAUUUCCGAUCAUGUGGUCUACCUUCAAUGCUGUUAUCAUGGGUUUAUUCCUACAUUCUACUUCUUCAAUGGAUUCAAAAGUAUUCUGAAGACUUCAGCACACGAAGGGGAUGGGGAAUUGAAUGUUGCGUGUAGCGCUUUACCUUGUCUGAUGAGGUAGGCUUCUCAUUGGUUAGUGCGCUUUAGGCUCCCGCCCUCGUCUCUCCAGACUGCACCAUUCUCUGAUCCCUGGACUAUUUUGUAAUUUUAAUGAAUGAUGCGUCUCAGCUUAGCCCAAUAAUAAAGCACAGUCUAGAAUA